AUGCAUACAUGUGAUUCGCAACAUCUCGUGAGUAGUAACCCACAUGCCACAACAAAAGUCGUUGGUGAAUACUACAAGGAUAGGUUUCCCAAAGGUAAAGGUCCUUCUAUAAAGGAUAUUCAGAAUUCAAUCAGUACUGAAUUGGGCUUCAAAGUUAGUUAUUGGAAGGUUUGGAGGGGAACUGAGAUUGCAAAGGCUUUGGUAAGGGGGACAUAUAAGUACGGUUAUGCAAUACUAGAUGCUUACCGUUAUAUGCUUACAACAUUAAAUCUGGAAAUUAAUACAAAUUUGAAGCUCGAUGAAAAUGGAAGGUUCAAAUAUUUUUUUAUUGCCUAUGGAGCUUUGAUUCGUCAUUUUCAACAUAUUCGAAAAGUCAUCGCUAUGAAUGGGACAUUCUUGAAUAGUAAGUAUGGAGGAGUGUUAUUGUCUGCCGUAGCACAAGAUGCCGAGGAUCAUAUUUUUUCGAUGUCAUUUUGUGUAGCAGACACUGAGUGUGAUGCCUCCUACCGAUACUUUUUCGAGCAAAUAAGCAACUUUGUGGAUGAUACCCCAGAAUUAUGCAUAAUUUCUGACAGAAAUCCAAGUAUUAAAAAGAUGGUUGAAAUUGUGUUUCCUUUGUCUCAUUAUGGUUGUUGCAUGAGGCACCUCGGAGAAAACAUCCGAAAUUACAUUCACAAUGGAAAAGUCGUCUACCACUUUUAUAAAGCGGCAAAAGCGUACAGUGUAGAUGAAUUCAAUGAUCACUUCAAUCAAAUAAGGAAUAUGAUUUUGGGGGCGCUGCACAUUUGGAACAUGUUUGAUUUAAAGAUGGAGCAGAGCAUUUUUUUGGGAAACAGGUACAAAAUUAUGACGUCAAACAUUGCUGAGUCGAUUAAUACAAUAUUUCUUGAUGAAAGAGUAUAUCUCAUUACUGCUCUUUUUGAUGAACUAAAUCGGAGAUACGGAGAAAAAUUUUAUGAGAGGCACAACAUAUUCAUCAAUGCAUCAAACAUUUUUGUUCCUAAGAUAGAACGAAAAAUUGUAAAAAAUGCUAAUUUGGGGAACAAGCUAUUGGUUCAUCAAACUGUCAAGUACGAGUACAUUGUCACUGGUCACAAUGCAGUUGUAACGAUUAAUUUUCAAUGCAAAUCUUGCACCCGUAGAGUUUUUAAUCUUGACAAAAUACUGUGUCCACAUUCUAUGGCAGCGCUUCGAUGCAAAUAUGGGGAUGAUUAUGGAAAGCGCAUUUAUGAAUAUUCAUCUCCAUAUUACAAGGUAAAAAUUUACCUUUUUGAAUACUUGAAGAAAAUUAAACCCGUGCGACCAGAAGAUAUUUGGAAAAUUCCUAAGGGACUUUUAGAGAGGAAAAUACUUCCUUCGCAUGUUGAACCAGGCAAGGUGGGAAGGCCAAGAAGAGACGAAAAGGAAUCGGAGAGUCAUUUCCAACCAAAAUAA